UAUUAGAAUCCUAAUUUCACAUUCCAAAAAUCCUACUCCACCCUUCAACUCUAAACCCUACGUCUAGAUUAGUUAACCCUAAGGAUAUAAUUAUCUUUUACCCGUCAUUAAAAGUGAGGGUAAAAGUUGUUAGUGUAAACAUAAAAAGUGGUACUAUGAAUGUGAGGGUAAAAGUUGUUAGUGUAAACAUAAAAAGUGGUACUAUGAAUGUGCUAUUUGUAGCAAUUUCCCAUAAUUGUUUCUAUAAAAAAUUAUGUUAAUUCUUUUAUCUUAAAAUCUUUAAUUUUUUGUAUGGUAAUGUAGAUUAGAUUAGAUUAGAUUAGAUUAGGAAGUUCUAGGAUUAGUUUCCUUUUUAAAAUUUUAAUUAAAUAAAUAAAAAUUCAAAUACCAACAACCAAUCAAAUUAAGAUAAUUAAUUCUAAAGUUCAUCUAUGACUGACACAUAAACACAAGUAACUUAAGCGACUUCUCAGUAAAUAUAUAAUAUGAGCAGUAUGAUAUAAAAAUCGGUAUUAUAAAUUUAUAAUAUACUCAUACCAUUUGGGUGACCCACUUUCCUUUAACAAAAUCCAACAAAUCAACAAACAAAAGAAGUUUACACAUGAUGAGUAUAGCAUUUUCUUUAUCUCGUAUUAUCUCAGACGAUAGGAAGCAAUCCAUCUAGUUAUGGAACUGAAUUAUCAUCAAAGACAACAAAAUGCAAUAAUCCAUCUUCUUAUAAAUUUGCAGUUCCACUUUCUUGCACACUUUAAUUUUAAGUUCUUAUUGAUUGGUUUCAUAAUUUCGGGUAGCAACUUGUCCAUAUAUCUUUUAUCUAAGCUUUAUAUAAAUAAAUAAAAACUCGGAAAGCUCAAUUUCAACCUCAGGAAACAGAAACACAAAAAAGAAUAUAAAAGUAAAGAAAUAACAAAGCAAAAGCAAAAGAGAGUGGUAAGGCUCCACACUCAAACUCUUCACUCUCACUCCUCUCUCUUACCGCUUGCAUUGCAAUGGCUCUCUAUCUCCAAUCUCUCUCCAUCAUCCUCUUUCUCCUCCUCCCCUCCUCCACCGCGAUGUGGUGCGUUGCUCGGUUUGAUGUUACGAGCCAGGCGCUUCAGGCGGCUCUAGACUACGCAUGUGCCGCUGGAGCGGACUGUGCUCCAAUCCAGCCCACUGGUCUAUGUUUCCUCCCAAACACCAUUCAGGCUCACGCAUCUUACGCUUUCAACAGCUAUUUUCAGCGUAGAGCCAUGGCUCCUGGUUCUUGCAACUUUGCCGGCACCUCCACCAUCGCCAAAACUGAUCCAAGUUAUGGAUCAUGCGUGUACCCAAAUUCUUUGAGUAACGCUGGAGGGUCAGCUUCGACCACAACGGUAGGUGGAACGCCGACAGCAACCGCCGGAAAUAUUCCAGUGACGUCACUGAGGCCACCGUCUGGCACCACGGCAUCGCCGUUUGGGAUAGGUGGCAAUGGUCUAAUUCCGCCGGGAAUCACAAACACUGAUGAAUCUGGAGCUUAUAUAAUAAACACGAGUAGUGUCUCAAUAGUACUAUUGGUGGUCUCCGUUUUGUGGUUUAUAUAGGUUUCUGAUUUCUGUAUUCAUUGUAUGGGCUCAACAUUUUUGUUAAAUGGGUAAUCAGACGGAAAGUGGUUUUAGUGUUCAUCGGAUGAUCUAUUUCUGUAAUCUCUUUAUCUAUAAAAGAAAUAGGAA